CUGUCAGUUGUCAGGCGCUGACAUUGUGAAUGCGAGGUUAUGUCGUAUUAUUUUGUUAAUUUUCCAACAUGUGUUGGGCAAAAUAGAAAGUCAGUGUGAUUCUCACCGGUUUUACCCUAUUCUACACAUUUCUCGUGUAAAAUAUUUAUAAUGGACGACCAAGACAUACCCGAAGACGAGUUGGAAGACAUAGAAGUCAUCUACUCGGAUGGCGAAGACGCCGAUUAUGAUGAGCAACAAGCAGAAAAUAUGAUAGAAGAUAGCAAUGAGGUUGAAAUCGAGGCAGAGGUUAUAGAUUUAUCGAUAUUGACCUUCAGCAAACACACAAAAUCCGUGUUUUGCUCAGAUGUAAACAAAAGUGGUCAAAUCGCUGUAACAGGUGGUGAGGACGAUAUUGCGUACGUAUGGGACACAAACAGUGGAGAUGUGUUAUUUGAGUGUACUGGCCACAAAGACUCCGUCACAGAAGCCUGUUUCAACUAUGACGGACAGUUUGUGGCUACGGGAGAUAUGGCUGGAAUGAUACAGGUUUGGAGUGUCGAAGAGAAAAAGCUGGUAUGGUGUUUUGAAGGUGACGAUAUGGAAUGGCUAUUCUGGCACCCAAAAGCCAAUGUCUUGCUAUGCGGCUGCCAUUCUGGGGAUGUGUAUGUUUGGCAGAUGCCACAAGGCCAUUGCAAAGUGCUCCCAUCUCCUGACAAUGCAGCAGCUACAUGUGCAAAACUGUUGCCUAAUGGAAAACAGUUACUGGCUGGAUAUGAAGACGGGAACCUGCAGCUGUGGAACAUUAAAGAAGUGACCAGCGAAUGGAGUAAUUCACAGUUCCACACUGUCACCAAUGUAGAUGUUAAUGAGGAAGGGUUGUUGGCUGUGGUGGCUCCAUCGUCGAACAUCGUGAAGUUGGCUGAUGGCAAAGUGACUACAACUCUCCUGCCAAACGAGGAAACGGAAAUCGAAGCGGCGACUUUCAAUAGAGAGACUGGAGUCGUCGCCACCGGAUCACUCUCGGGACAGCUGUGCGUUUGGGAGGUGGGCAAACAAGCAUUGCGUCACCAGGCGCGCAUCGAGUGCUCCGUAACGGUGCUGAAAUGGGGCCCGGCCACGAAGAUUUUUAUCGGCGCCACAGACGGCGCUGUUUACGUGUGCGACGUCAAGACGGGCAGUUUGUUGGAAACGCUCACCGGACACAAAGCGGACGUGCUCAGCAUUUCGUUGCUCGAUCCAGACGGAAAGAGGAUCCUCACCACAUCCGAUGAUGCCACUGUCAAGAUAUUCAACGUCAACUAACCAUAUAGCGAUUACGAUUUCGUAAGGAGAUGAAAAAACGUCACUAAAGGGGUGACGAGCAAAGUUGAGCCCCCGUUUUGUUAGAAGCGGUCGAUGGUCGAAACGGAAUUGCUUCAAAUAUGAAUUGUUUAUUAAUAUUAUUAUUAUAUUAAUAAUUUUUAUGUGUUACUACAGCAUAUACCUACAGGGUGGCGCGUCGAAAACGAAACAGACGCAGUUACUGGCUGCUCAGUUGUUUUUUUUGAAAAACGCUCAGUCCCGUCGAUUUUGUUUUCGAGGGGGACACAAGUUUGGCAAAAAAUCACGUUAACACGUGGAGGCCCCUGGGCGGGGUGACACCAACCAUAAAAUCUUACACGGAAAGGGGGGUCGUAUUUUAAAGGUCUUUGAAUUCCCUUUAUAAUGUUGGCUGAGUAGCAUAGAUUUUGCUUUUUAAAUGACCCCACAUAAAGAAAUCCAAAGGUGAUAAAUCUGGCGAUCUUGGGGGCCAUUGAAUGGCACCUCUUCUACCAAUCCAUCGAUCUGGAAACGUCUAAUCGAAAUAUUGUCGAACACGUCAUGCGUAAUGUGGUGGGGCACCAUCCUGUUGGAACAUCAACCCAUUCGCAAUGUACCGCCGAUCAUUCUGAUUUUCAAUUAUGGCUGUUAAUACAGGAUCUAUGGCGUCUUCCAGUAAUUCCAAAUACAUUUCACCGGUCAAAUUUCCAGGUAAGAAAAAAGGAUGGCAAAAAAUACCAGCCCAAACAUUUAAUUUUUGUGGCUGCUGUGUAUGAACCUCAUGAUAAAUUCUGGGAUUAGAAUCGGACCAAUAUAGGCAGUUAUGACGAUUUACUACGCCAUUUAAGAAAAAAGAACACUCGUCGGAAAAGCAAGUGUUGAAUAGAAAAUGUUCAUCGUUUAUAAUUCGUUCACUCAUAUCUUCACAAAAUUGUAAUCGCCGAUCAAAAUCGUCUUCAUCAAGUUCUUGUACCAGGUGAAGCCCCCACUCAAUUUGCUUCGUCCGUUAUGGGAUUUUCAAUGUUGCAAUGUUGCGUUUUUUAUUGGCGACUGACCCAGUUUUCCGAAAUUUAGCUACAAGUUUUAGAACAUAUUUUCGAUGCACGUUACUGUUCUGAUGUCGCUCAUUAAAUAUUUCUGCUGUUCUAUUAGCGCACUGAUUGUUUCCGAAAAAUAUUUCGAUAAUUUCAACUCUUUUCUGCCGUGGAGUAUACCAUGGUUAAUUUAUUUACUAAAGCGUUACAAAUUAUUUUAGGAACAAAGUUUAGUUAAAUGAAUUGCAAACUAUGUACUAAAUUCCUAUUUAAAAUAAGUACGAGAUAUUUCCUUAUCUUUCUUCAAGAAAUAACUUUUUUGCACAAAAAACGCUCCAAUAGCUAUUUCCAACAACAAAAUGAUAAACAAACCAUGGGCGUAGUGAAGAAAAGCAUUUACUUAUUAAGUAAAUUCUUUUAGUCAAAUUUCUUCUGAAAGUAGUACAAACUAAUCUAAUGUACCUAUUAAAGUCUACUUUAAGCUUUAAAUCAAUAAAUCUGCAAAACUACUGAAGUACAUUAAUUUUAUAUCAUUAUAAAGGGAAUUGCAAGACCUUUAAAAUAAGGUAUCGCUCGACCCCACUUUCCAUUUAAGAUUUUAGGGUUGGUGUCACCCUCGCCCAGGGGCCUCCACGUGUUAACGUGAUUUUUUGCCAAACUUGUGUCCCCCUCGAAAACAAAAUCGACGGGUCUGAGCGUUUUUCCAAAAAAAAAACUGAGCUGCCAGUAAAUGCGUCUGUUUCGUUUUCGAUGCGCCACCCUGUACUAUCUUUGCAGGGCAUUCUACAAAGUUGUGUUUAACUAUUGGAUAAAAGCAGAUAUUUUCCGUUGAAGUAUUUUAUUCAUUUGAAAUUAUUUAAUUGGUGAUACUAGUUUUACCGUCAAAAUACAAUUAUUUUAACUAAGUAAAAGCAUCUAGGUCAAGCUUAGCUAUACAAUGCCCUGUAUAUUCAAAUCGUGUUAGUAAGUUUAUGAAAGCUAUGUGAAAAGUUUUCGUAACUAUUAAACUUUUAUUAUGAUCAAGAACUGACUAUAUAAGACUAUAUUCAAACGUGUUUUAAACAGUACCAGAUGAAUAGAUAACACUUCCAUCUCAGUAUAACUUUAAUGUACUAUCGAG